UGCAGGCCUUCGCUCAGGGCCACACUACACACUAUUAAUAAAUAACCAUAAUGCUAGUAUUGUAGUUUUUAAUUGAGGAUAUUCGUAAAUUGUAUCAACUUUAUGUGAUAAAUAUAUCAAAAACGCUAAACAACGAUAACAACCAAUUUUGCAGCCGGCAAUCACACAAACGGGGCCUAUCGAUAUCCACUCCUCCACGGUCUUGCGGGCUGGCCUCCUCAUACACUAUUUUUUCACAAUUAAAUUUUGUUGGCUGGCUUUUGGCCAAACUCUGUGAAUGUGUGCGCGCGUGCAAGUAUGUGUGCAUCGGUGUGACAGUUUAUUAAACAAAAACGCUGAAAAAUAAAUAUAAAAAAAAACCCUGACAUAUUAUAUUUAUAUAAUUUAAAGAGCAACCCAAAACAGUUAUGAAAACGAAACCCUCGGCGCCCGCGAGAUUAUCCAACCGAAAAACCACAUCUCGCAAAGGUUCAAAUAAAUCAAAUAAAAGUGUAGUAAAUGUAAGCAAUCAAUCCUUUAAAAUUGUUGCUCAAUAGAUACUCUCGAGAUACAUUUUUUUGAUCUCGGUUCCCGAGUUCUGUACACUACUGUUCUGUGCUGUGUUGUGUUGCAUCCAAGCCAAUUAAAACCAGAAGAUAGGCCAGAUCAGCGUUAUAUCUGAGCCAGGCAAUACACAUAGAAGUCUCAGUCGUUGGGAGGCGACAAAAAGCGCGCUAAAAUAAAAUAAGGAAACUCUGUUUCUAGUAAAGCGACCCGUGGGAAGAGUGCGAGAGGGGAACGACACCAGGCGGCAGUCUAGUUAUCGAUUUUCUACUACUGUGUUUUUCACGCGUGUGUGCGUACGUUCGAGUGUAGUGUUCCGUGUGCGGGCAGUCGUGCUAGUGUGUGUGUUUAGCAUAACAACAAAAUCAACAUCAAAAAGCGGCGUGUUAUCACAAAAAAUAAGCAACAAACACAUUAAUUCUAAAUUAACGCGAAAUCAUUAGCCGGCACAAGAAUCGCUCUCUGUCCUGUCCGUCUCUCUCCACAAAUGCAAAAGAACGAAGCGUAACUCCAACAUAAUCGGUCGGGUCGAUUGCAGUGAUUUUCCCAUUCAUUCAAAAUUCUACUCAGAAAAAUUGGUAGACAUAGAAAUUUGGUAAGAAGACGCUACCGGACGGAACCUUCUUACCAAAUGAUUUCCCUUCUGCAAAUGAAAUUUCAUGCACUUUUGUUGCUGCUAUCAAAAGUCUGGACAUGCAUUUGUUUCAUGUUCAAUCGCCAAGUGCGAGCUUUUAUCCAGUAUCAACCGGUUAAAUAUGAACUGUUCCCGCUGUCGCCGGUAUCGCGGCAUCGCCUCAGUCUGGUGCAGCGGAAAACCCUGGUCCUGGAUCUGGACGAAACACUGAUACACUCACAUCACAAUGCGAUGCCCAGGAACACAGUGAAGCCGGGCACACCGCAUGACUUCACCGUCAAGGUGACCAUCGAUCGGAAUCCAGUACGCUUCUUUGUGCACAAGCGGCCGCACGUGGAUUACUUUUUGGAUGUGGUCUCACAGUGGUACGAUCUUGUGGUAUUCACCGCCAGCAUGGAGAUAUAUGGAGCUGCUGUUGCAGACAAGCUGGACAAUGGUAGGAACAUACUGCGGAGGCGCUACUACAGGCAGCACUGUACGCCCGAUUAUGGAUCGUAUACCAAAGACUUGUCUGCCAUAUGCAGUGAUUUGAAUAGGAUAUUUAUAAUUGAUAAUUCCCCGGGAGCGUACCGCUGCUUCCCCAACAAUGCCAUACCCAUCAAGAGUUGGUUCUCGGAUCCCAUGGACACGGCACUGCUGUCGCUGCUGCCCAUGCUGGACGCACUGCGCUUCACCAACGAUGUGCGAUCGGUGCUGUCGCGCAAUCUGCAUCUGCAUCACCUCUGGUAGCAGGUGGGAUCUAGCCUAGAACUAGCCCUAGAACUAGCCCUAGCCCUAGACCUAGACCUAGCCCUAGUGUGUAGUAGUCUGUGAGGAUCAGAAAACGUAAGAGAGAAAAUCUUCUGAAAUUAUCAUCAACAACAACAACAACAAAAUGGUGGUGCUGUGACACAUUAACGAAUUUUUUCAUUAAUUAAAUUAUAUUUUGUGUUUUUUUUUUUAUCCUUGAAGCGGAUAAGGAAAAUCUAUGGGGAUCCAAAAUGAUAUGAUGAUAAUGAUGUUUGUGUGGUUAUAUAUAUGUAAAUAUAUGAAAGUUUUUACGUAUAAGCGUCAUUGAAAAGUUUAUUAAAACCCUUUUUGGAAUUAUUAAGCAUUAAAUU